GCGCGUCGGGAGUUGGCGGCGGCGGCUGCGGCGAGUUCCAGAGGGGUGCCUGUCGGGGGCGUGCGCUCCGAGUGCCGAGGUGCCCAGCGGAGGAGGCGUCCCCGGGACACGCAGGGGAGGCCGUCCAGCCUGCAUGGGGCGCUCCCGCCUCGGGGGCUCUGCGUGGCGCCUGAGCGGGCGCCCCAAUGGUCACCUGCGCCCACCUGGGCGGGCGCGCGCGGCUCCCGGCAGCUCAGCUGUAAGUGCCGCUGCCUCCCGCGCCGCGACCUCCGUGCCGGGCCUGCCGGGGCUCUCGUGAGGCUGGGUCUGGCGGGGCCGGGUGGCCGGGGCAUGACACUGUCGCGUUAGGGUCCCCACGGGAGGGUCGGGGGCCGGCAGCUCGCCCAGGGCCCCAGCGCCCAGGAUGGCACGGUCUGUCCUUGCCCUGUGAAGACGUCCCUGGAUGAGAGACGCAUAAGCUCCUGGGGCCCAGCCUGCAAGGAGAGGGAGAAGACGCAUUGACUCUACCCUAAAGGCAGAGAGCGGCUGCCACGCUCGCACUUCGCUCUGACUGCUCAGGAACCUGCUUUUCCCAAGAGGAGAGAAUGGCUGCCGGAUACCUGCCCCGCCGGUCCCAGGAAUUAGUAACCUUUGAGGACGUGUCCGUGGACUUCUCCCAGGAGGAAUGGGAGUUGCUGGAGCCCGCUCAGAAGAACCUGUACAGAGAGGUGAUGCUGGAGAACUAUAGGAACGUGGUCUCUCUGGAGGCCUUGAAGAACCGAUGUACUGAUGUGGGGAUUAAGAAGGGUUCACUUUCCCCAGCACGAACCCCACAAGUCACAAGUCUUUCCUCAUGGACAGGGUAUUUACUUCUUCAACCAGCGGCUUCUUCCCACUUGGAGCAAAGAGAAGCCCUGUGGAUGGAGGAGAAAGGAGCUCCUCAAGCCUCCUGUUCAGAUUGCAUGACUAUACUAAGAAACCAAGACUCAACUUACAAGAAGGUGGCUUUGCAGGAGGAGCCAGCCAGUGGUUUAAAGAUGAUAAAGCUUAUCACAGAAGGUGGGGGAUGGAAGCAAUUCGAGGAGAGCCAUGAAGACUCCCAGGGACUUUUGAGCCAAAAGGCAUCCCUCCACCUAGUGGCCAUUCCUCGGGAGAAGGCUACUGCAUGGCACGGAUUUGGGGAAAAUGGUCAUCUGAGCCCAGCCCUUGUUUUAUCACAGGGAAGCUCUAGAGGGAAUCACUUGUGUGGCAGUGAGCUAGAUAUUACAAGCUUGGCAUCCGAUUCAAUCUUAAACCACCAUCAGAUGGGAUAUGCCGAUCGGAGACCCUGUGAAAGGAAUGAAUGCGGAAAUGCCCUCAGCCAGAACAGUCACUUGAUUCAACACGGGGGGAAAAUGUUUGUGUAUUUGGAAAAUGGGCAGUCGUUGAACCACGGUAUGGCCCUGACCGUCCACAACAAAAUCAACACGGCAGAGAAACCCUUUGCGUGCCAGCAGUGCGGGAAGGUGUUCAACCGGAGGCAUUCUUUGAGCGAACAUCGAAGAAUUCACACGGGAGAGAAACCCUACGAGUGUCAGGAGUGUGGGCGAGCCUUCACGCACAGCUCCACCCUCACGCGCCACCUGAGGACUCAUACUGGAGAGAAGCCCUACGCGUGCGGCGAGUGCGGGAAAGCCUUCAACAGGAUCUCAUCUCUGACUCAGCAUCAGAGGAUUCACACCGGGGAAAAGCCCUAUAAAUGUGAAGACUGUGGGAAAUCCUUCUGCCAGAAUUCCUACCUGAUCUUGCACAGGAGGACACACACCGGAGAGAAGCCCUACGAAUGCAGUGAAUGUGGAAAGGCCUUUAGCGACCGCUCCUCUCUCAACCAGCACGAGCGAACUCACACGGGCGAGAACCCCUAUGAAUGCAAGCAGUGCGGGAGAGCCUUCAGCCAGAGGUCUUCCCUUGUGAGGCACGAGAGAACUCACACUGGAGAGAAACCCUACAGGUGUCAGGAAUGUGGGAAAGCCUUCAGCCAGAGCUCGUCCCUUGUCACACAUCAGAAAACUCACAGCAGCCAGAAAACCUACAAAAUCAUUGACUGUGGGAAAGCGUUCUACCAGAACACACAUCUUAUUGGAUGUUAGCAGUUGCAUGCUGCUUUGUAAACCCCUUUUUAGUACUCUGACACAUACAUGUGGUUAUGCUUUGCCCUGGUGGGAUGGAUAAUUGGAAAAGAAGUGGGUUUAUGUCACCUUCUCACCUUCUUGGAAGAAAGCUCUGAGAACGGGCCUUUUUGUGUUUUGUUAUUAUGUUUUUGAGAUGGGGUCUGCCACGCAGGCUGGAGUGCAGUGGCAUGAUCAUACCUCACUGUAGCUUCGACUUUCUGGGCUCAAGUAACCCUCCCA